CACUCACAUGGUUGUGUUUAAAUCUCAAUGUUGAUGAUUUUUUGGUUUUGUCUUUAAUUGUUUUCGGAAUCAAAUCUCACCUGUAAUUAAGUUAAUUUUUAUUUAGAUUGUUGUGAUAAUUUUACUCUAUUACCUGGUGUGAAUUGUUAAUUGAUAAGCAUGACCAGUUUACCUCAAAUUCGUUUGGAAAAAUUGCUUCCAAUAUUCAAUAAGCUUCACCGGGCGAAAAUAUUUCCAUAUAAAGAUUUGAAAACAAUUAUUGGUAAAAUUCGUGAUUAUGAAUAUCGAUUGGGACGAUCAUCUGUUACUAAAUUUGAAUAUCUCAAGUAUGCCGCUUAUCUGACUGAACUGCAACAGCGUAUUAAACUGGAGAAGAAAAAAUUUCAUCAUUUAUUACAAUUUAAACAUGUUGCUGUGAAAAUUAAUCAACUCAUUAAGAAGCUUCUUUGGAGAGCAAUUCAACGUGAUAAAGAAGAUAUUAAACUUUGGUUUGAUUAUAUUGAAUUCUGUAAAAGGCAUAGUCGAAUUGAAGAUGUGAGUAAAGCCUUUGUUGAUAUGUUACAACUUCACCCGGACAAGGAAGAUGCUUGGAUCGCCGCAGCGAAAUAUCAUUUUGAUGUGAUGCGUUCACCGAAUGUCGCUCGGAAUUUAUUACAAACUGGAAUCAAAGAUAAUCCAAAUUCGCUUAAAUUGUGGAAAGAAUAUUUCAAAUUUGAACUGUUAAAUUCUGACAUGGCUCUUAAGCGAUUGCAAGUUCUUAAAAGAGAUUUAGACGACAAUAAGGUUCAAAAGGUGUCUAAAAUUGUUUCCGAGAUUGAUACAAAUGAUGCUGUCAUUAGUGGUAAAAUUGCUGUGGUCAUUUUCAAGAAUGCUAUUCCCAUGAUAUCUAAAAAACUAUCAAAUGCCAAGGCCUUUUUUUAUAUUAUUGAUAAGUUUCAACCAGAAUUACGGAUUCCUGUUAAAAAAGAGAUGAUUAAAUUGCUUGAGGAAAAUUUUCCCGAUGCAGAGCAAGUUUUUGAUUAUAAAGCUCAAUGUUUAACCGAUGCACAUUUUGCUCUUGAUUAUAUUGGUGAAUCAAAACAAAAUUUGGACUCUAUUGAUGAAAAGAAAUGUAAUGAUCUUGCUAAGGCCGUUUAUCGACAAGGAAUCGCCAAAGUGCCAACAACCAUCAUGUGGAAUUAUUUUAUUUCAUUUAAUCUACAGUUAUUCUCAAAGUCAACCACUGAUCCGGAAGAAAUUCAGGAAAAACAAUUGGACGAUUUGUUACUCGUUUUUGACGAAUGCUGGAGAUCUGGUCUAAUGUCACGUGUUGCUUUUCUCGAAUGGAUAAUUGCUUUAGAAAUUCGAGAUGAUUUCGAUCAAAUCGAUAAACUAAUGUCCAAAGGUUGUGAAAAGUGGUCCAAACAUGCGGACAUUUGGUAUUUAAGAUUAACUAUUAUGGCGAAAAGGAUUAGCUUUAAAGAGGAAUUGAAAAGACUUUUUUCUCGUGCAAUCAAAGAAAUUGAAUACAAGGAUGAUGCCGAUAAAGAGGGUAAAGCUGAGAAUAAAAUUGACCUGACUGGCCUUAGCUUCCGAAAGAUGAAGAGAAAGACAAUCGAAGAUAUUUGGAAUUUUUACCUUGAAUGGUCGUCGAAACAUUUAAAUCCAACUGAGGUUCUUAAAUUUAUUGAGAAACAAUUUCUUGAACUUCUCACAAAAGGAGGUGGUAAUUUAAUCAUUCAACGUCGCCUUUCAGCUCUUCUUAAACCCGAAUUGUUAAAAAAAUCAAUCGAAUUGAAAAAAGAUGGCCUCAAAUCGGCGCGAUUAUAUUAUGAGAAAUAUAAAAAUCACCCACCGAUCGUUGAAUCUUUUUUCCAAGAAAUGAUAACCAUAGAAAAAGAUCAACUGGACACUGGGCGAGUGAUUAACAUUUAUGAAGAUUUAGUUCGUAAUUUCGGUGAAACUGAUCAUCUAAUUUGGUUAGAUUAUUGUAGAUUCAUAUUCGAAGGUUCAAACCCUCAUAAAGUGGGUCUAAUCUACCAUAGAGCAUGUAAAACGCUAAACGCCAACGAAGUAACAAAUUUCGUCGCUGCUUAUAACCUCUUACAAAACGAUGCGAUUUAAAUUAACAUUAUUAUCCUAAUUGCGAAAAGAAAAUCAAAUUGUAAUCAUCAAAACAAAAAAGAAUCAAGAAGCUACUCGGUCAAUCAAAAAUCGAACAAUAAAUUUAUUCCAAUUUCAUAAUAACAA